AUGGCGGCUAACGCUACCACGAACCCGUCGCAGCUGCUGCCUCUAGAGCUUGUGGACAAGUGUAUAGGAUCAAGAAUUCACAUCGUGAUGAAGAGUGAUAAGGAAAUUGUUGGCACGCUUCUAGGAUUUGAUGACUUUGUCAAUAUGGUACUGGAAGAUGUCACUGAGUUUGAAAUCACACCAGAAGGAAGAAGGAUCACUAAAUUAGACCAGAUUUUGCUAAAUGGAAAUAAUAUAACAAUGCUGGUUCCUGGGGGAGAAGGACCUGAAGUAUGA